UUUUCGAUGAACACAUCGACAUGGGGCGGCAAACCCACAAGCCAUGGGGCGUGAGGUUGCCACACUUGCACGAGCACGCACGCUCCGACAAGGCACAACCCAGACGCACCAUGUCCCACCGUAAGUUCGAGGCUCCCCGCAACGGAUCCCUCGGGUUCCUCCCUAAGAAGCGCACGAAGAAGCACCGCGGACACAUCCGGUCCUUCCCGAAGGAUGAUGCGGCGAAGGAGCCCCACCUUACGGCCUUCAUGGCCUACAAGGCGGGCAUGACCCACAUCGCUCGCGAGGUGGACCGCCCUGGAUCAAAGGUCCACAAGAAGGAGGUCGUGGAGGCGGUCACCAUCCUCGAGACUCCCCCCAUCGUCGUCGUUGGAGUCGUAGGCUACGUGGAGACCCCCAAGGGCCUCCGCACCCUCACCACCGUGUGGGCGGGCCACCUCUCGGACGAGUGCAAGAGGAGGUUCUACAAGCACUGGUAUACGUCCAAGAAGAAGGCAUUCACCCGGUACGCGAAGAAGUUCGCGGACGCCCCGCAGGAGAUCGACGCCGAGCUCGGCCGCAUCAAGCAGUACGCCCAGGUCGUGCGCGUCAUCGCCCACACCCAGAUCGGCCUUGUGAAGCUGAGGCAGAAGAAGGCGCACAUCUGCGAGAUCCAGGUAAACGGCGGUGACGUGGCCGCUAAGGUCGACUUCGCCCGCGGCUUGUUCGAGCAGAAGGUGCCCGUGGACGCCGUCUUCGCCAAGGAUGAGUGUAUCGACGUGCUUGGAGCCUCCAAGGGUCACGGUACGGAGGGUGUGGUGACUCGUUGGGGUGUGACCCGUCUUCCCCGCAAGACCCACCGCGGUCUCCGCAAGGUGGCCUGCAUCGGUGCGUGGCACCCUGCCCGCGUCAGCUUCUCCGUCGCCCGCGCCGGUCAGCACGGAUACCACCACCGUACCGAACUCAACAAGAAGAUCUACCGGAUCGGCAAGAAGGGCGACGUCGCUUCCGCCUCCACGGAGGCUGACCUUACGGUCAAGCACAUCACCCCUCUCGGUGGAUUCCCUCAUUACGGCGAGAUCAACGAGGAUUGGCUGAUGCUUAAGGGCUGCGUCAUCGGGUGCAAGAAGCGCUGCAUCACCCUGCGCAAGUCUCUCAUGAGUCACUCCCGCCGCAUCCACCUCGAGCAAGUGGAGCUCAAGUUCAUCGACACCUCGUCGAAGUACGGCCACGGACGCUUCCAGACCAAGGAGGAGAAGGACAAGUUCCUUGGCCCCCUUGCGUCCAAGCUUCCCAAGGCUUAAGGGAUCUCGACCUCGGUGUCCUCGCAAGCGCCGGCAGGUCAACCAGACUGGGGGGUCAAAUCCCGUCUGGUUUUCCUCGCUCGGAGCUUGGGUGGACACAUGGAGACAGGAGCACGUCCUCACUCAGGGUGUUUCUUUUGUGGAGGCUUUUUUAGAACGCGUGUUUUGCCCGGCGGGGAAGGUUGUCUCUUGUGCGUGCGGCAACGUUUGUUCGUCUUCUGCUUUUAUUGGGAGCAAUCAAAUCGCUACUUCGUCGCACUCCCCUCUCCCCCGUCUCUCCGUAUCGCGUGACAUGUCGCUGUCGGUUUUCUGUUCGCUUCUUCGGAGGUGAAUUUCGGUCGAUUGAUUUUGGGUCAUAGGCGUCAAAUAUCGUCGCGUGUGCGUUGAGAAGGGGGGUAUGGUUAUGUGCGCGGAGUGCGAAAAGGGGCUCGUGCAAGUGUUCCGUUGGUGACUUCGCUCAUCCACGGGAUUUUUCAAUGAAGCAAGCGGGGUACACUCAUAUUUCUUCUUUCACGGAAACAGCUUGAGGACGUACCACGCGGUUUGCCAAACGCGAGGGUCAUCUCGCAGUGCUGUUGCAGCUACGGCGUGUGAUGAGAGGGCGGCUUGUUUUCGCCGGGCUCUGCCCUGGCCACGGCAGCACAAUGUCCUAUUUCAAAGGGCGACACUUUCAUGCCGGAGCUUGGCGCGUUCAUAGCUCGUCCAUCAUCCACGAUACUACUCGUCCUCCACUUGCACAUUUGCCGUAAUUCCUUGUCUUGUAGUUGAUUCUGGAGGCAGGAUAGUGCCGAGACAGCGUUCCGUGAUGCGUCGUACUUUCACAACUACUGAAGUCAGACGAUGAUGAUGUGCUCGGUCCCCAGCGGCUAGCCAUGGUUUAAGUCACCGAGGGUGGUUGCACCACCACGACCGCAAACCGCAAAUACGUGGUCGGUCUUCGUCCAACUUCAUCUCCGAUGUUGGUGGACUUACAAAUUCAUGAACUCGACUGAUCACUCGGUGCUGGAGCAAUGAACGCCUCUAGUCGUUCCAAGCCGCUCCCACACCCUUUCUGUCGCCGCUUUUUCGGUGCUUUCGAAACUUUGAAUACUAACCUUGAUCUUGACAUCUACCUCAGUUCUAUGUACAAGCUGGUCUGACCAAGAACCCAACGUUCGUCUUCUACGUCCCACGGUGCUGCUUCUACGAAUUUAGACUUCAUGUUUGGCGGCCGCUCCUAUCGCACCAUAGGAAGCGCAGGUGCCGGAAUUGUUCGGAGCUGAGUUGAUUUAACAGAAACCUGCGUCUCUUCCAAUUAAUUCAGCACAAAAUUUCGGAUUUAUUUGGAGUAGUUUCUAGGAGUUAUUUCAUAUAGAACAAAUAUUGUUGCUAGGUACAUGUAGAACACAUAAUUUUCAAUUGUGGGGGGAUGUAUCCCAUACUGUACGAAAAUCAGCACAAUGAAAAAAGUUUCCCGGAUCAAGCUGAAGUUUGUUGUGUAUACGCUAGGAAAUCGCGAGAGGAUACAUGGUAGUUUCAAUGAGGUAUCUUCCAUCAAAAGGUAUGGCCUCGUAUAGAAUCCAACACAACAACACACAAGAUACCUGAGAGAAUGUGAGGAUAUCGCGAUUCCCACGCGGUCUUCUUCUUCAACACGUCAUCCUCAUGAGCACAGCAAAUAAACAAGCCACGCGCCACUGGACUUUUUUUUUCUGCGACCUUUUCGCAUACAUUGCGCAUAUUCCCAUAUUUACUAAUAUCAGCCUGACUCCUAAAAAAAAAAGAUUCACAUGGCGCUUAUUUGUUCGUUGCUCAUGCAGAUUGUUCGUUGUUGUCUUCACAUUAAACCGUAUGUCAGUUGCCAAAUGCCAAAAUCUAGCAAAAGACUCUCAGCCCGUGGUCACGAAAGUGCUAGAGCCAUCUGAGGAUCUAAAGAACACGCACACAUGUAACGAGAAAAAGGUAUCCAAGCGCCCGAAGAGGUACACCUAAAAAUCCCUGCAGCACCCUAUGCGUGCCCAAAAACUGAACUGCACGUCCGUCCCACCGUUCGACUACAGUAGCAUCACCCCCUCCCUGUCCCACUCUAUACCAAAACGGAAGAUUGCCGACUACAGCAUACUGCUGUCUGAAGUGCUGUCUG